CACGCUCACCCGUUAGCGGACAGUAUCCAAACAGAGCAAAGGCUUCCGCCUAGGAAAAGGGGGAGAAGACAUAGGCCGGCCGGCCGGCGAUGCUGUCGGCGCGUAGCUUGCGGAAGGCGUCCGUCCCGCCGUCCCUGCUCUCCGACCCCUCGCCGGGCUGCCUCCAGCCCACCCGCCUCGCCGUCCAUGUUAAUGGAGAAGGCGGCUCCUGCUCCGCCUACUUCGCUUCCGGCGGCCGCGUCUACAAGAUUGAGAUAUCCAUGGAAGAGGAGAUGCUUUCCAGAGGAAAACAGAGCCUGUUGAUUCCUAUCAAUGCGCAGGUCAUAAGCUCGUCAGUAGUGGACCGCUGCCCGCAUCGCUCGGAGAUUCAGAGUGUAGUUCUGGCAGAGGGUGAAGGUGAUAGGUGCUUGAUUCUGGGAACUGUCGACUCUUACGGUCACCUCAUUGUAUCCCAUCUGGACACUGGGACUGAUGACAUUGACAGGGCGUCUUAUUCAGUACCACCUCGUGAUAGUGGCGUUGGAGAAGGGAGCUGGGCUGGGUUGUGUUUUAGUCCAACGCACCAAUCCACGGUAGCUGUUGCUCGUGAGUUGUGCAAGAGCAUUGACAUCUAUGAUCAAGACAUUCAUCUUCGCAGUUUACGUACGUUAUGGCACCCAUCUUCAGUUACCUUUUUUCAAUGCUUUCCUCAAGGGAGUGAUAGUGGUUCAAUGUUGGCAAUUACUGAAGGUUCUCAGCUGAGCAUCUGGGACUUAAGGAUGCAUAACAAUGGUGGAUGCGUACAGCGUGUUUCUGGUCCUGUUGGAGGCAUUUUAUACUCUGUUUGUAGUUCUGCCUCAGGACUGAUUGCUGUCGGUGGAACUGAUCGCGCCGUCACCAUCUAUGAUCCUCGCAAGUGGUCGGCCUUAUCAAGAUGGGUAGGCUGCUCCAAGUAUGAGAUUACAGGUCUUUCAUUUUCGUCAGUUGACCAAUCGUUCAUAUAUGUCCAAGGUGUUGAUUAUGAGAUUACUUGUGGACAUUGGAGCAAAAGUGAGCGCGCAUUCUCAUUUCGAGGUGAUUCUAACUGGCUAGGCUUUUCAAAGUGUGCAGAUACCGAUGUGGUAGCUGGAUGGUGCGAGUCUGGAAGUAUCUUCGUUGCUGAUGUUAGGCAGGAUCUUCUCUCGGCAAUUGGGUUUUAGGGUGACGAGAGCGUGCAAGCAUCCAGCGGUUCUCCCCGUUCUUCGAGGUAGAGCAUUUUUAGGAGUUAAUAGGCCAGGCAGUGCUGGAAGCACUCUGCAACGCACUAUGGCUGUGUUCUGCUUACGUGCUUAAAUUUCCAGGUACAAGCUGUAGCAUGUAGCUGUUCUUAGGCACAUGGUAUUGUGCCUUGGGGGUGAAAACGCCUUGUUGCUUAUUGUAUUAUCAGAAAUACCGUAGUGAGCUUUGCUUUGUUUUUGUUGUUACCACAAGCUGGGCAACCAGCGGUUUGGCUUUGGGCUCGAACCGUAACUUGGAAAAUACCUGGUCUACGUAGACCCCUUCCAUUA